ACGCCUUUCGGUCGCCUCCGAUCUCGAGGGCAGAAGAGGAUGGCGGCGGAGACGACGAUGGGGUACGGUGGAGACGGCAUCGUGGCGGAGGCGGGAAUGGGGAUAGAAGCCUCGAUUCAGGCGCUGAACACCAUCAUCCAGCUCCACUUCGAGAAAAUCCUGGAGAAGAAGCGCGACGUGGACGCGCAGAAGAAGGAGAUGUGGCGCCUCUUCCAGCUCUUCUUCCUCUUCCUCGCAGUGGUCCUGGCGGCGCAGCUGGGGUCUCCGCCCGAACGCCUCCAGUGCCGCCACUGCUGGGCGCCCAUCGUCCUCCUCUCCCUUGGCCACCUCUCCUUCUACGUCGCCGUCGCGCAGAUCCUCCGCUGCAUCAACGGGUUCAAGUACCAGCGGCGCUGCCACAAACUCACCCUCGCGCUCGCCACCGACCGCCUCAAGCUCGUCAAGCUGCGAUUUGCCGCCUCCUCUGCUUCUGCCGGAGGCGUUCCCCCGCGGCUCCUGCCGGCGGACUUCGAGAUCCACUACCAGGAGCCGCCGGAAAGCUACUUUGGCAAGUUCAAGAGGAGUUGGGCGCUGCACUUCGGCUUCCUCAUGUUCACCUUCGGGUUCAUGGUCUCCGCCUCUGUUGUGCUGCUGUGCUUCUAGAUUCGGAUCCAGCCAUGGCGAGGUAUGCUUAGUUAGGAUUUGGUAGACUGAUGUAGUGUGUGAUCAUCAAAUGGAGAUUUUCAUGAGCCGCUGGCUGUCAGAUUCAUUGCAAUGUGAUCUUUUUUUGUCUUUAAAUCGCAUCCGAAAAACAAAUUCUUUCUGGUUGAAAUCGAUGAGAAGUUAGCAAAU